UCUCUUUGAUGUCUUCCCAGAAAAAUAAUCGGCUCUUAUUUCCCUUUACAGAGUCAACUGUUCCUUCUAUUUCAAAAUUGGAGCAUGUCGUCAUGGAGACAGAUGCUCUCGGUUGCACAAUAAACCGACCUUUAGCCAGACCAUUGCCCUCUUGAACAUUUACCGUAACCCUCAAAACUCUUCCCAGUCUGCUGACGGUUUGCGCUGUGCUGUGAGCGAUGUCGAGAUGCAGGAACACUAUGAUGAGUUUUUCGAGGAGGUUUUUACAGAAAUGGAGGAGAAGUACGGUGAAGUUGAGGAGAUGAACGUCUGUGAUAACCUUGGCGAUCACCUCGUUGGGAAUGUGUAUGUCAAGUUUCGCCGUGAAGAAGAUGCGGAAAAGGCUGUGAUUGACUUGAACAACCGCUGGUUUAACGGACAGCCGAUCCAUGCGGAGCUCUCUCCCGUGACCGACUUCAGAGAAGCCUGCUGCCGCCAGUAUGAGAUGGGAGAGUGCACACGAGGAGGCUUCUGCAACUUCAUGCACCUGAAGCCCAUCUCGAGGGAGCUGCGGCGGGAGCUGUACGGGCGCCGGCGCAAGAAGCAUAGAUCGAGGUCCCGGUCUCGGGAGCGUCGCUCGCGGUCUCGGGACCGUGGUCGCGGUGGUGGCGGCGGCGGCGGUGGAGGCGGUGGGGGACGGGAGCGUGACCGGAGGCGGUCGAGAGAUCGUGAAAGAUCUGGGCGAUUCUGAGCCAUGCCGUUUUUACCGUAUGUCUGCUAGAAAGUGUUGUAGUUGAUUGACCAAACCAGUUCAUAAUGGGAAUUUUUUUAAAAAACAACAAAAAAAAACAAAGAUGGGUUUCUGAAUAAAAUUUGUAGUGACAACAGUA